AUGCCACAGGAUUUCCUGCGGGACAACACUUUCCUUGCUGCCAGGAUCCAGCCACGAGAGCGGCCGCGCUUCCUCUGCGGCGUGGUGGAAGGUUUCUAUGGGAGACCAUGGUCAAUGGAUCAGAGGAAACUUCUCUUUCAAUGGCUGCAACGCCGGGAGCUGAACUGCUACAUGUACGCGCCCAAGGAUGAGCUGAAGCACCGGCUGCUCUGGAGAGAGCCCUACACAGAGCAUGAGGCAGCCUGCAUGCGGUCUCUCAUCGAAGCUGCCCACGAGCAGGGUGUGGAGUUUAUUUUUGCCAUUUCUGCUGGCCAGGACAUGGUGUUUUCCAGCGCUGGGGAUCGGCUCCUGCUGCAGCAAAAACUCAGGCAGGUGGCUGCCAUGGGGUGCCGCUCCUUCGCGCUGCUCUUUGACGACAUCGACCCCUGCAUGUGCCAAGCUGACAGAGAUGUCUUCCCCUCCCUGGCACAGGCUCAGGCCUCUGUGGCCAACGAGGUGUACCAGGAGCUGGGCCAACCCUCCGUCUUCCUCUUCUGCCCUACAGAAUAUUGCAGCUCGCUCUGCUCUCCCAGCCCCAGCCAGUCCUGCUACCUGCAGACCAUUGGCCAGGAGCUGCUCCCAGGGAUUGGUGUCAUCUGGACAGGCCCAAAGGUGGUGUCACAGGAGCUCUCAGUGGUGCUGCUGGAGGAGGUGGAGGCUGUCCUAAAGCGUCCCCCCGUCAUCUGGGACAACCUCUACGCCAACGAUUAUGACUGCAGACGUGUCUUCCUGGGCCCCUACAUGGGCCGUGCUCCUGGCCUCAUGUCCAGGCUCCACGGGCUGCUCCUCAACCCCAACUGUGAGCUCCAGGCCAACUUCAUCCCCAUCCACACACUGGGCACUUGGUUUCGGAGCGAGCUGGGGAGCUGUGCCCACCCUGACCCUGCAGGAACAGAGGUGGUGGCAGCCUUGGGGGACAACCAAGAUGCUCAGGAUGGAAGCUACAGCCCCCAGGAAGCCUUGGAACUGGCGCUGCGUGACUGGGUGGCCGAGAUAAACCAGCAGGCCUUGGAGCCAGGAGGAAGGACCCCAGGACACCCCAGUGUCAGCCUCAAGGGAGGACCAAGGCUGCAGCCUGGCACAGUGGGAGGACAGGAGGUCACUCCCCACCCUCAGCCCCACAGCUCUGCUCCUGGUGGGGCAGAUCAGCACAGCCCUGAGCCCUGCCAAGUGGCACCAGAGGAGGGGUGCAGGGAGGUGACCUCGGAGCCCAAGAAGGACAGUGGGAACAGGACACCCCCUGGCCAUCAGCAGAGCCCUACAGGGGCUGGGGAGCAGCUCACCACAGGGAGCACAGAGAGCUCUGAGCCCUCCUCUGCUCUGCCCAGUGUGGCUGGGAGUGCCCAGUCUGAGGGAAUCCCAGCGGCCACCAAGAGCCUCCCCAGCCCCACCACGAGCUCCAGCAAUGGGAACAACACCAGUCAGAACAUUUCCUUGCCCACCAGUGAUGCCAGGACAGGGAAUGGCAGCCCUGUCCAGUCUCCCAGCAGCACCCAGCCUGAGGCCAUCGGGACUGAUGUGCCCCAGAUACCCCCAGGACCUGGGGCUGCUGCCAGCCCUGGUGCCCCAGCCCCACUGACUGAUGAGGCUGGUGCCAACCCUGGUCCCAUGGCACCAGUGACCCCAGAGGAGGCCACAACCAGCCCCACAGCACAGGUGACCCCAGAGGAGCCCAGGACCAGCCCCAUGGCAGCAGUGACCCCAGAAGAGGCUGGGUCUGGCACCAUGACCCCCAAAGAUGCCAGGACCAGCCCCACAGCACAGGUGACCCCAGAGGAGGCUGGGUCUGGCCCCAUGACCUCCAAGGACACCAGGACCAGCCCCACAGCACAGGUGACCCCAGAUGAGGCUGGGUCUGGCCCCAUGACCUCCAAGGAUGCCAGGACCAGCCCCACAGCACAGGUGACCCCAGAGGAGGCCAGGACCAGCCUCAUGGCACCGAUGACCCCAGAGGAGGCUGGGUCUGGCCCUAUGGCACUGAUGACCCCAAAGGAGGCCAGAUCCAACCCCACAGCACCACCGACCCCAGAGGAGGCCGUGUCCAGCCCUACAGCGCCACUGACCCUGGAGGAGGUGCGGAUGCUGGUGGAGCUCUUCUACCUGCCCUACCACCACGGGGCUCUGGCACAGGAGCUCCUGGAGCACUUUCGGUGGCUGCGGGCUAACAGCCUCAGCGUGGGGGUCCCGGCCACGGCGCCUGAUGCCUGCGGGGGCACGCGGUGGCGAGGCCGGGCUCAGUCCUUCCAGCUGCUCUGCUCGAGGAUGUGCCGCCUGCACAGCCGCUUUGUCAGCACCGCCAGCCGGGCGCUGCUCUACGACCUGCACCCCUACCUCUGGGACAUCCGCAACAUGCUGCUGGCCGCCAGUGCCUUCGUCCUCUGGCUGGAUGGUCACCUCCUCUGCGACCCUGACCCCAAGGGCACCUGGGGGAACUGCUUUGGCUGGUGCCAGAGUAUCACUGCCCCCAUCCUGCUGGGGAGGGACGCCGAGCCCUGGGCGCGUCGCGGGGGUCUCUUUGGAGAGCUGCAGGCACUGCUGCCCGUGGGGAACAGCUGUGACCUCUUUUACCAUCCACCCCCGCUCUUCCCAUCCAGCCAGCUGUACCUGCUGCGCCCGCUGCUGCCCCUGGACAAGGGAGAGCUUUACCGCAUGUGCCGGGAGAGUUUGGACUGUGAUCCUAAAGUGGCAGAGAUCCUCGUGGCCCACCCGGAUCUCCUCGGUGACAGGCUCCUGGGCAGCUUCCUCAGCCUGAGCCCCGAGUACACCUUUGUGCUGGAGGAUGAGGGUGGCCCCUGUGGCUACGCCGCCGGAGCGCUCCACGCCGAAGGCUUCCUGCAGCAGCGGGACAGCAGCUGGCUGCCGGCCAUACGGCACAAGUACCCCCCAGACCUGGGCACAGGGAGCCCAGCUCUGGGACAGGAUGCCCUGGAGGAAGCAGUGCUCUUCUUCCACGCAGAGCCACUGGCAGUGCCCCAGCCUGUGCUGAGGCGCUUCCCCUCCCUGGUACAGCUGGGCACGGCCCCCCGUGUGCUGGACGUGGGGGCCAGUCGCAGCCUGGCCCUCUGCCUGCUGAGCGCACUGAGGGCCAACGGGUCACGGGGAGUGUUCUGCCAGGUCAGUGAUGCCGACCGGCAGCAGCUGAGCUUCUACAGCAAGCUGGGCUUUGUCGCCCUGCCGGUGGCCUGGGGCAGCUCUCCUGGCGCUCAGCUCCUGGGACGUCUCCUCUGACGGGGCACAGGGAGGCAGUGCCCCAGGACAGGCUGGUUCCCCAGGCCAGGCUGAACCCCCCAUCCCACACAGCAUCAGCCUGAGCAAGCGGGAGCAGAGGGGCACCUCGAGCAGGCCAGGUACCCAUGAGAGGGGACACAGAAACGAGCAGGAUGUCACUGGGAUGUGUGCAGGGCUCUGAGGUACCUGGGUAGCAGAGAGCUAUUUCUGCUGCUCACAGGAUUUGGGCACCUCUGUGCCACCCCAACUGUUCCUGUUUGCUGGGUACCCUCCACCUUUUCUGGGGAGCCAGGCUGUCUGCAGACCCUCAGGCCUGCAGGAGCCCACGAGCAGUGUUUGGGUUUGUGGUCCUGGAGCACAGCACGGUGCCUCAGUGCUACAGGAGUGUCCCUGUCACGCAGGCUGGGCUGUCCAGCUCUCUCCAUCCCCUGUGUGGCCUGGGCAGCCGGUGCUGGGGCUGGCUCUCGGCACUUCUUGUGCCUUGCUUGUCAGUAUGGAUUGAUCUGCUAUGGGAUGCGGUGAGGCAGCCUCUGUUUUUGUGCCUGGGGCCUGAGGGAAGCGCUGUCCUUGGCAAUAAAGCGUUUGCUGGGCUCUCA